GGGUGUCAGCCACUUGGUUUCUGUUUUUUUUUUUAUUCGGUUUUUGCUGAGUAAUGACGCAAGAGCUUCCGUUGUUUCCCAGACAGUAAAGCGAUGAGGGCUGCCAUGGUAUCUUAAACCAGCCUUCCCCAACCAAAAACAGAGCAGGAAGCUGCAAUUGGUAGUGCAAGAGCCAUGGCGAGAGUAACGCGCAUAAAGCUGGGUUCCCAGGGUCUGGAGGUCUCCACCCAGGGCCUGGGUUGCAUGGGGAUGUCCGCCUUCUACGGCCCCCCAAAGCCGGAGACCGAUAUGAUCGCCCUCGUCCACCACGCCGUCCGCAGCGGCGUCACCUUCCUCGACACUUCCGACAGCUACGGCCCCUUCACCAACGAGAUUCUCCUCGGCAAGGCUCUGCAAGGGGGGAUGAGGGAGAAGGUGGAGCUGGCGACCAAGUUUGGUAUCAGUUAUGCUGAUGGGAAGCGUGAGAUACGUGGGGAUCCAGCGUAUGUGAGGGCCGCCUGCGAGGCGAGCUUGAAGAGGCUUGGCAUCGACUGCAUCGAUCUCUACUAUCAGCAUCGAAUUGACACUCGAGUCCCCAUCGAGGUUACGAGAACUUGGUAUUGGAAUUGUUGCAUAUAGUCCACUAGGAAGGGGUUUCUUUUCUGCUGGACUGAAAAUGGCCAAUAGUUUGUCAGACCAGGACUUCCGUAAGAGUAUGCCCAGAUUUCAACCUGAGAAUCUUGAGCAAAAUGCAGUUAUAUUUGAGCGCGUAAAUGAAAUGGCUAAAAGGAAGGGAUGCACCCCUUCACAGCUUGCGUUGGCUUGGGUUCAUCACCAGGGAAGUGAUGUUUGUCCCAUACCAGGAACCACCAAGAUUGAGAACUUCAACCAGAAUAUUGGAGCACUGUCACUGAAACUCACGCCUGAAGAAAUGGCUGAACUUGAAUCAUAUGCUUCAACAGAUUCUGUCAAGGGUGAUAGAUAUUCAUCUUCAGUAAGCACAUGGAAGAACUCUGAGACCCCUCCCCUAUCUUCAUGGAAAGGUGAAUGAUGAUCCUUUCGAAACCUGCUUUCCUGUGCUUUCUUUGCAGUUUGAUAAUAGUUAUCUAUGGAUUUUGAGAGUAUGGAAGGACGUGUUUAUGUUUGAGUUCACCAAUGUGCAUGAUUUGCAAUGAAUGCUGGCCGGUCUUCUGUUUGUGGCUUGCCUAAAAUAAUGGAAGAUGUAAUGUCUUUUUGUAAGGAGUUCUGGUGUGCUGAAGAAAAACGUAUUAGCUGUUGUCACCAACUACCGCAGAGUGCACAUGAGAAGAAGGAUGGAUGGUGGUUGUGU